AUGACUGCAACAACAACGAAUAAUAGACUUAACCAUUAUGACAUUCUAAGUGUACCGUCAGAUGCAUCCCAACAGGACAUUAAAAGAGCAUACAAGGAACGAUUGCUUAAUAUACAUCCAGAUAAAUCAUCAUCCUCAGCUGACUCCCCACCUCCAACAAUAUCACAUGUCACAGUGAAUCAAAUUCAAGAAGCAUACAGAAUCCUAUCAAAACCGGAAUCAAGGACGAAAUACGAUAUGGAACUAUUAGAAACUUUCAAGAAAUUAGGGUACACUAAUAAUGGUGAUGGAUUAGACGCUUACUCACUAGACAAUUUUGAAUUUGAUGAAGAUCAUUUAAGUUAUCACAUGGCAUGUCCUCGUUGUAAGACACAUAAGGGGUUCGAUUUUACGGAGGAUACUCUGGAAGAAUAUGGACAAGAAAGGCCCGAUGGUGAAGGUUUCCAAGUUCUGGCUCAAUGUAAUUCAUGUAGUCUGUGGUUAAAAGUGAAUUUUGAUGUAGCAGAUGAUUAUUCUGACGAGUAA